AUGGGUGCCCAUCUUUUGUAUAUGGAGAGGGUUGAAGAAGAAUCAGCAGCUGUUAUGGAAGACACAUCCAACUCUCGUCUCCGCAACACGUGCUGCUGUUUUAAUUUCCCGUGUUUCAAAUCUCGUCAAUCCUCCACUGCCGGAUUGCCUUGGUGGAAUCGAAUCCAAUCACAGAACCGCUGGUGGACCCCAGCAGUCACCGCCUUUCGAAGAGUCCGAGAGUGGUCGGAGAUCGUGGCGGGGCCUAAUUGGAAGACUUUCAUCAGAAGAUUCAACAGAAAUAAAAGUAAUAAUGCUCACGGAAAAUUCCAAUACGACCCUCUGAGUUACUCCCUCAACUUCGAAGAGAACUGUAAUUUGGACCACGAUAAUGAUUUCAGCGGCUUCCGGGAUUUCUCGACCAAGUACGCUCCAUGUAAGUCGUCAACGACGGCAGCAACGCCGUUAGUGGGCGUUCGAGGGAGGGACGUGGCGGCGUUGGCGUGA